UUUAGACAAUGACGCUGUUACUACACCUUUUGAAUUUUUUUGAUAUCAAAAGCUUUUUGCUCUUUGUCGUAUUGUUUCUUCUGGUGUUUGACUACAUAAAGAGUAAACCUCCAAAGAAUUUCCCUCCAGGACCAUGGUCAUUACCUUUUAUAGGAGACUUACAUCAUAUAGACUUCAACGCAGGCAUCCACCUACAGUUUAUGCAGUUUGCUGAAAAAUUUGGACCCGUCUUCAGUGUAAACUUUUUUGGAGACAGGAUUGCCAUAAUCAAUGGCCACAAACUUAUUCGAGAAGCAUAUCAAGCAGACACCUUUGCUGAUCGGCCAGUCUUACCAUUACUGACUGAUAUGGUUGGUGACAAAGGGGUGGUUUUGUCAAAUGGAUAUGCUUGGAAACAACAAAGGAGGUUUGCAAUCCACACUCUGAGAAAUUUUGGUUUGGGCAAAAGAAGCCUUGAACCGUCUAUCCAUCAGGAAUGCAGAUAUCUACACGAAGUUCUCCUAAAUGAACAAGGUAAAUCAUUUGACCCACAACAGCUCGUAAACAAUGCUGUGUCCAACAUAAUUUGUGUGCUGGUGUUUGGGGAGCGUUUUGAGUACACCGAUAAUGACUUCCAAUCCCUCCUGAAGGACAUCAACGAACUUGUAUAUCUACAUGGAGGAAUUUGGGUCCAGCUGUACAACAAGUUCCCAUGGCUACUGCGGAGGGUACCAGGUCCACACAAGAAAAUCUUUUCUCUGAAUGAUAAAAUCGUAGAUUUUGUCCAGAAAAAAAUUGACAAACAUCAAGCAGACUUUGAUCCAUCCAAACCUAGGGACUAUAUUGACUGUUUUCUUGACGAAAUGGAAAAGUGGAAAGAGGACAAAGCAGCAGAAUUUACUCUGGAGAACUUGUGCUACUGCACCAUGGAUCUGUUUAUGGCUGGAACUGAGACCACGUCCACCACGUUGUACUGGGGACUGCUGUACAUGAUCAACUAUCCUGACAUUCAGCGAAAGGUGCAGGAGGAGAUAGACCGAGUGGUGGGAUCCUCAAGACAGCCUUCUGUGGCCGACCGGGAGAACAUGCCUUACACGGAUGCUGUGAUCCACGAAACUCAGAGAUUUGGCAACGUCCUUCCUUUGAAUGUGGGCAGGAGGGCCACCAAAGACACCCAGGUUGGAAACUACUCACUUCCUGCUGGCACAAUGGUGAUUGGCACUCUGACCUCCAUUUUGUUUGACGAGACUGAGUGGGAGACCCCUCACACCUUCAACCCAGGUCACUUCUUGGAUGCAGAGGGAAAGUUCAGAAGAAGGGAAAACUUCCUACCAUUUUCUAUGGGGAAAAGAGUGUGUCUGGGAGAGCAACUGGCUAGAAUGGAACUAUUCGUGUUCUUCACCUCUCUGCUGCAGCGAUUCUCCUUCUCACCACCAGAUGGCGUAGAACCACAUUUGAGCUUUAGACUUGGAGGCACUCACAGCCCCAAACCUUAUCAGCUCUGUGCUCUUCCUCGCUGACACGCUUAAAAUCUGAUGCCAAACUCUAUGACUAUAUUGUAGAGUAUCCAUAACAUGGAAGAGAUGUUGCAUUGUUGGGUACUGACACGUACCCGAUGACACAGCAUGUUUUUGUUCAGCCCUUUCUGAGAUUGUGAUGGUAUGGUUUAAUCUUAACUCUGUAUACUCCAGUAUCAUCCCAAGGGUUAUGCAACCUCAGCACAGAGGUGCAUCUUAUCACCAGGCUUGACAGGCAGAUACUUGGGGCCCCAAGCCUGAAGAUGGUGAAUAACGGCUAAGUAGUAGCGAUUUGUUGCGAAUGCUUGGGGCUGGACUGGUAAUCUGGCAAACAUGGCAUUUUCCCGGUGGGCAGACAGUCUUCAGGGGCCAAUGCUAUUGGGGUUUUUUAUGCCUGUUUGUUUUUUUAACUUGAGAUCAGCCCUCAAUUUACAUGAGUGGGCCCCCAUUGUUCCAUCUUUAAUAGACAGUAGACGAGCUAAUCUAGGCCUCACAAACACAUAGAGAAAAAAUACUUUCUAAUGCUAUAUUUACCUGAAAUAAGGUGGACUGUUCCUUUAAACCUGAUUCCAUUUUCUUUUGUUUAUUUGUUUUCAUGUAAUUUUCUUCUUAUUAUUAUAUGCUGCUGUGAAUUAUGAAUUAGAACAGUUUGUAGAUAUUUAUGGGUGGUCCUUUGCUAAUGAGCCAACCCUAAUGACCUUGUGAAUAUAUGUAUGGUGAAUAUAUGUGCAAUGUUGUGUGUAAUGUCUUACUCUUUGUGUCUUCUUCUGUAUUUGUAAGCUACUUGACACCUUCAUUUCCCUCUGGAUCAAUUAUUGAUAUUCUACUCUACUCUACUCUACCAUUUCCUGCACUAUUGAAGAGCUGUACUUAAAAUCACUCACCAGGUGGCAGUACAUGGCCAAACAGCUGAAACACUGAUGCCGUAUACAG